GUUAAUAAUGGAUGCGAUAUUUGGAGUAAAGACAUCUGGAUCAGGCAGAGAAGUCCAGCUCACUCAGAAAAUUCCGAACAAGAUGCUCCAAGAACUUUUGGAACUUUUGGAAAAACUAGAUAAAAUAAACAAAGAAGAAAAUACGUGUCCAGCCAAACAUGAGGAAGGAGAAGGAAGCAGGGAAGAUGAGAUGGCCAAGGGGAGCUUGAAGAAUGCUCAGUCACUCAUGAACAAAGCAGAUAAAUGUAAUCAAGCCUAUAUAAAUGAGAAACUGGAUUUCCUGUCUGUAGUAGAGACAAAGGCAAACAUGAAAAAUGAGAAGAAAAAAUGGGAAACAAUUGGCACCCUGGGAGACUCUGCUCCAUGCACCAACUGCUUUAUGCAGGACAGAGAGGGGCGUGGUGGGGGAGGGGUAGCGAACUUUGUCUCAGACAGAUGUGAGCCGGAGUUUGUCUAUAGCACUCCGAAAAGAACCUUUGAGCUUGUGGCUAAUACUCUGCAACAUCCAAAGUGGAAGUCACCCGCCCAGCAAAUCACUGUGUACCGACCUCCAAAUACUGACAAGCCAAUGACCGUGUCAGACAGAAUUGAAUUCUUCAUUGAAUUUUUUGAAGUCUAUAGACAUAUCAGCAAAAACUAUGAGCACAUCCUCUUGAAUGGUGAUUUCAAUUUCCAUUAUGAAAACGACAAGUUCAGCGGUACUCUGCUCUUUAAAUUGUUCCUCAAUAUAGUUGGCCUGAAACAGCAUGUUGACGAGAUAACGCGUAAAUCCGCAAAUGGAGGACACAUCCUAGAUCAUGUAUGCACCAGCGGUUUGGAAGUCCAUGAUCUUAAAGUUGGCAAAACGCAAAUGGCUGAUCAUUACGAUGUAUCUUUCAAAAUCAGACCAAAGAUAUCCAGGGACCGCAAAGAACAGAUUCGCCGUAAAUUGACAUUCAUUGUGCGAUGGCUACGCAAAAAUGGCUACCUGCCACCACAAGAGUAGGCUCAUUCAUCUCCAUUUCUAAUAUACACAAUAAAGUGUGCAGUGUUGCUCAACACAUAGAGAGUCCAUUUAACACUCUGGCACUGUCAGAUUGAUUUACUGCGUAAGGAGCCUGUGAUCUCUUCUAGUCUGAGAACGCGCUUCCCUUCUUAACAAGAGUAAGUUGUGUUUUCUCUGAAAAGGCAGAUCAGCCUAUGUCUCCCUUAAUCACGUAAUCAACAUAGGACACAAUGAGUAACACCUUCUAUUACAGAACAAUGUUUAAUCAAUAAUAUUUUAAUUCAUAUUUUAUAUUUAAUCAGAAGCAAUAUAAUAUCCACCAAGAGGUGUUGGCUUUCAAAGCAGUUUUACUUAUACUUAUUACUACUUAUUACUACUACUACUUAUUAAAAAUAUAAUAAUAAUAUCUUUAUUGAAAUAGCACAAUUCACACAAGACAACUCCAACAACAAUAGAAUAAAUAAAAUCCUGUAACAACUAGGCCCGCAAAGACAAUAACAGACAUCGGUAUAUUGUGAUUACUUUAAAUCACAGUUGUCUUUUAAGUUGGGCACCGAUCUACACAUAUAUACAUAAGGUUCAUGUUAUAAAGUAUAGACACUUUUUUAUGCUAAAAAUAAUGCUUUGGGUUCUCUGCCCAUUUUAGUUAUGCCUAACACAAAUAUAGCCAUUUUCAAAAGCAAGUUAUUGUUAUUAUUGUGUUCCUUACAUUGUCAGCAAAAUCAGUUGAUCAAAUAUCAGCUAACGUUAACCCAGUCUUAAUUUGCUUGUUUGCGCAGAUGGGCCCACAUGCAGGCCCAUUCAUCAUUGCUGUAAAGACUAAACUACAUCAUAAUACCAAAUUACUUAACAACACACAUUAACAUUACUGCCGUACAAAGGCAAAAAGUGCAGUAACUAUAGAUGUCAAAAUAGGGUUUAGACUACAAAGUAAAAAUGGUCUUCUCCAUUACACCUUCAUCUUGUGACAAAAAGUCCAAAUGUGUCCAGUUUGAGAUAUUGGCAUUUGAAAUUUGCAGAAAAUUUAAAUGUGAAAAAACCAAUACAUUGAAGGUCUUUUUCUCAGUUUCAAUAUCGACAUAGUUACUGCACUUUGCCUUUGUAGGGCAGAUUAGUUGGCAUUACCGAGAGCCUUAUGUAACAUAUUGA